UAUCUUCCACACCAAAUCGGCGGCCUCCCUUCCGCUGGGAUCGCUAGGGGAGGAGUCGGUAUAGAUGAGCCGCUGGCGGCCGUGAUCGCACGCCGAGCCAUGGAACCACUGCCCACAAACACGCUAGUCGGCGUUAUCGUCGGCUCCGUCCUGUUCGUCUUCCUCGCCGGGCUCGGCUGGUUCAUGUGGACAUAUCGCAACUGGCUCUCCUUUGCCGCCGUCCAGCCUGAACAGCCGCCACCACCGCUGCAUCGCAGGUUCAGUAUGUUUGGCAAAAAGCACGAGAAGUACGGCAAAGAGCACAAGAAGCUCGGCAAAGAGCACAAGGAGCUCAGCAAAAAGUACAAGGAGCUCGGCAAAAAGAGCCAGAGGAGUUCCAGGAGCGCGAGAGCACCGACGCCAGUGCCUGAACCUGUGCCCGUGCCCGAGCCCGAGCCCGAGCCCGAGCCCCAGUCCUCGCGUGCGCCUUCACCUGAACCCGAAAAGCCGGCAUCUCGUACACCUACACCUGAACCCGAAAAGCCGGCAUCUCGUAUACCUUCGCCUGAACCCGAAAAACCGGCAUCACGUACACCUACACCUGAACCCGCAAAACCGGCAUCUCGUGUACCUUCGCCUGAACCAGAAAAGCCGGCAUCUCGUACACCUUCGCCUGAACCAGAAAAGCCGGCAUCUCGUACACCUACACCUGAACCCGAAAAGCCGGCAUCUCGUGUACCUUCGCCUGAACCAGAAAAGCCGGCAUCUCGUACACCUACACCUGAACCCGAAAAGCCGGCAUCUCGUACACCUACACCUGAACCCGAAAAGCCGGCAUCACGUACACCUUCGCCUGAACCAGAAAAGCCGGCAUCGCGUGUACCUUCGCCUGAGCCCAAAAAGCCGGCGUCACGUGCACCUUCGCCCGAACCAGAAAAGCCGGCAUCGCGUGUACCUUCGCCCGAGCCCGAAAAGCCAGCAUCGCCUGCACCUUCGCCUAAGGGCAAAAAGCCAGCAUCGCCUGCACCUUCGCCUAAGGGCAAAAAGCCAGCAUCGCCUGCACCUUCGCCUAAGGGCAAAAAGCCAGCAUCGCCUGCACCUUCGCCUAAGGGCAAAAAGCCAGCAUCGCCUGCACUUUCGCCUAAGGGCAAAAAGCCAGCAUCGCGUGUACCUUCGCCUGAACUCAAAAAGGAGGCGUCGCGAGCGCCUUCCCCUGAGCCCGAGCCCAAGCCUGAAGAACCCAAGCCUGAAGAACCCAAGCCUGAAGAACCCAAGCCCGACCCGUCCGACGCAGCUGAAAAAGCACCCUCGGUUGUCGAGUCGGCUCCGGACCCGGAACCGGAACUCUCUGAUGCUGCUGCCGAUCCAAAGAAGACCCCCUUGCCGACGCUACGGCCCUCCUGAAUAAUACGAUGGCACAAUGAAUUCGAUUUGGAUGACGGGAGGAAAGACAUGUAGUGUCUUGCACCUUAAACAGUGAUUGUGCGAUUUUCAAGAUGCAAUAUUGUGACACGAGGUUUCUGUAACAUCCUUACACUGAUUAUGUACAAAAGGUAUUCGCAGAUGGGAGGGCUUGUCAUACCUGGUCGACGAGAACGCAUGGAGGUACUCUUACAGAUGUAAUUCGUUGUUAAUUUCUGUGGUCGGGUCACCAGGGAGAGAGAGAUGUGUAGGUAUUUAACUUGAGGGUAGUUCAAGGGUGAAAAUAUGUAUCUGAUAUCUUUCUAGAAACCAUAUUAGUUCCUGG